AUGGUUCAACUCACCAACACCGUCCUCGUUGCCGCCCUCCUCGCUGCCCCCGCUCUCGCUGCCCCUUUCGAGACUCAGGAGCUCGCAGCCCGCGACCCUAGGAUCGGCGCUUUUCUCAAGAAGAUCGGCAAGCACGCUGGCACCGCUGUCACCGUCGCCGCCACUGGCGCCGCCCUAGUGCCCGCAACCCAGCAGCAGGCACGCGACCUCGAACUCCUCGAGGAGCUGGCCAUCCGCGAGCCCUUCUUCAAGAAGGUCCUCGGCGUCGCGAAGAAGGUCGCCCACGUCGGCCUCGAGACCGCCAAAGGGGUCAUCGGUGCUCGGGAACUUGAAGAGAUGGGCCUGUCUGCUCGUGAGAUCGAGUACCUGGAGGACCUCGCCAUCCGGGACCCCAGCUUCUUCAAGAAGGUCCUCGGUGUCGCGAAGAAGGUCGCGCACGUCGGCGUUGAGACUGCCAAGGGCGUCAUCGGUGCACGGGAGUUCGAAGACAUUGAGCUGUCCGAGCGCGAGAUGCAGGUGUUGGAGGAGCUCGCUAUCCGGGAACCCAGCUUCUUCAAGAAGGUCUUCGGUGUCGCCAAGAAGGUCGCCGGUACCGCCGCCAGCAUCGUCCUCCGCGACGUCGAGGAGGUCGAGUUCACCGCCCGCGAGCUUGAGCUCAUGGAGGAGCUCGCCGCUCGGGAACCCUUCUUCAAGAAGGUCCUCGGUGUUGCCAAGAAGGUUGCCGGUACUGCCGCCAAGGUCCUUCUCCGCCGUGACAUCGAAGAGUUCUCCGCUCGCGAACUCGAGAUCAUGGACGAACUGGCUGCCCGCGACCCCUUCCUCGGCAAGAUCGCCCGCAUCGCGAAGGGUGUCGUCCGAGGCACAACCGCCGCUGUCGGCCACAUGGUCAUGGGCCGCGACGUCGAGGAGGUCGAGUUCUCUGCUCGUGAGCUCGAGAUCAUGGACGAGCUCGCUGCUCGGGACCCCUUCCUUGGCAAGAUCGCCCGCAUCGCGAAAGGUGUCGUCCGGGGCACAACCGCUGCUGUCGGCCACAUGGUCAUGGGCCGCGACGUCGAGGAGGUUUCCUUCUCCACUCGUGAACUCGAGCUUCUCGAGGAUCUGGCUGCUCGUGAGCCGUUCUUCAAGAAGGUCCUCGGUGUCGCCAAGAAGGUUGCAGGAACCGCUGCCAAGGUCCUUCUCCGCCGUGACUUUGAAGAGUUUGCGCUGUCGGCCCGUGACCUCGAGGUGAUGGAGGAGCUCGCAGCCCGCGACCCCUUCCUCGGCAAGAUCUUCAAGAAGGUCAAAGGCAUCUUCAGCAAGGGCUCCAAGGCCGCCGACGCCACCAACGCUGUCACCUCUUCCCAGGAGCAGCCCGAACAGCGCGAACUCGAGGAUGCCGAGGAGCUCGCCCUUCGUGAAUACUACUACGAUGAGCUCGAUUAG